UUUUUUUCUGUUUACUUAAAACAAGAGAGUCAUUUCCCCCACUUCUUUUAUAUAGAAAAAUCAUAAACAAGAUUUCAAAUUCUGGUUCAGUUCGCGUGUUUUUAUUCAAAUUAUAUCACUUGACAAGUUAACAUAAAACAUGAGAAAUUCUCAUUUUAUCUGAGGCGUAAUUGUUCAGUAUUGUUGUUUUCCGUUCAGUUUAAAAAAUUUAAUUUAAGCUUGGAUUAGAGUACCUAAGUGGAACUCAGAUAAGCAUAAUUUAACAUUUCAAAAUUUCACUUCCCAAAUUGCUGCAGAUUAAACUGAAAAAUGUCGUUUUGCUUUUCAAUUUUCAUACUGUCGUUGAUUUAUAGCUGUGGACACGUGUUGAGUUUUCCAGAUGAUGCGCAUAGAAACAUGUACUCGUCUUGUGGAAAGUCGACCAAAAUUGUUGCGAAAAUAAUUGGAGGAAAAAUAACAACUCCAGGUGAUUGGCCUUGGAUGGUAGCAAUUGGUUUUCGCUAUCCUUCAAAACCUACUCGUCCACGAUUCGCAUGUGGAGGUUCUCUGAUUUCUGAUACUUGGAUUCUAACAGCUGGUCAUUGUGUGAGAAGUGUUGGAAAAUCAACCCAAACUGUGGCUCGAGUUGGAGAAAUAGAUUUGACCAAAGAUUCAGCAACAGAUAUGCUAGUUGAAGAAAUUAUCCUUCAUCCACGAUAUACAUACAGCAGUCCAUUUCUUAAUGAUAUUGCCUUGUUGAAAUUAAAAAAUCCUGUCAUUUUUACAACAAAAAUACGUCCUAUUUGUUUACCAAAGCUGAAUGAACAUAAAGAUGACAAGUUCUAUGCCAAUAAGCCCGCAUCCAUUGCUGGCUGGGGAGAUACCCGAUCAGGAGAGUGUAAGAUGACCAACAUUCUUUUGGAAGCUCAGGUCGAUAUGGUCGAUCGAAAAACUUGCGCUCAAAAUUACACUCGUUAUCCGUAUACAAUUGAUCAACGAGUAUUGUGUGCCUCCAGGUUGGGACAAGAUACCUGUCAAGGUGAUUCUGGUGGGCCAUUGAUGAUGCCGAUUGAGAAUUCUUAUUACUUGAUCGGAAUCACAUCAUGUGGCAAUGGAUGUGCGAAAAUCGGCUAUCCUGGAGUUUAUACCAAAGUUGGGUAUUUUUCUGAUUGGAUCAGGUUGACUACUGGUAUUGAAACGUAAUUUAUUCUGAAUAACUGAGUUAAUUCAUUUGCUCAAUUUUUAUCGAUAUUUUUAUUUGCACAAUUUUCAGUAUAUGCUU